GGGGAGGUACAGAAGAAAUCGUCUGACACUGAAACAUUAAAAAAAAGAUCUCUGAGGCCUUGCAAAGGAGUCUUGAUUCAUGCAGGGAGAAUUCCUUUGACUGUGUUCAUCCUAUUCAGCCAGGAACUGCCCAAGAAGUGGAGGAAUAGAGCUUAGCCGUCUGGAUUUAAGAAGCUGAAAACCAUGUCUCUUCCCCGCCAGCUGCGAGAAAAGAGUGAUUUUGACCAGCUUCCAGAUGAUGUACCUGUUUCAGCUAACAUUGCAGAUAUUGAAGAGAAGAAAGGCUUUAGUAAUUAUUAUAUGUUUGUCAUUGAAGUAAAGGUUAAAGGUGGUGGCAGAUACCUGAUUUUCCGACGCUAUCGUCAGUUCUAUGCCCUGCACACCAAGCUAGAGGAGAGAUAUGGGGCAGAAAGCAAAAACAGCCCUUUUACCUGCACACUCCCCGUAUUGCCAGGAAAAGUUUAUGUUGGGGCCAAAAAGGAAAUUGCUGAGAACAGGAUUCCUAUCCUAAAUGUCUACAUGAAGAACCUACUCUGCCUACCUGUUUGGGUGUUGAUGGAUGAAGAGGUACGGCUGUUCUUCUACCAUUCAACCUUUGAUAGUGAACAGGUACCUCACAGACUGAGACGGCUUCGCCCACGGACACGCCGAGUUAAAAGCAUUUCACCUCAAGUGCCUAUUUUUGACCGCAUGGCAACUCCACGGGCUGAGGCACUGUUCGAUUUUUCUGGAACCAAUAAACUGGAACUCAGCUUCAAAAAGGGAGACUUGAUCUAUCUACUCAGCAGAGUAAACAAAGACUGGUUGGAGGGAACAGCUGAAGAUGCCACUGGGAUUUUCCCAUGUGCUUUUGUGAAGAUCAUAAAAGAUUUACCACAGCAGGAAGACACAGUUAAUAAAGUUCGCUGUUAUUACCAUGAUGAGACUGUGAGCACUAUAAGGGAUAUCUCAGUGGAAGAGGAUCUGAGCAGCAUUCCAUCAUUCAAAGAUCUCAUGGAAUUGAUAAGGCGGGAGUUUGACCAACAUGACAUUGUUUUGAAUUACCGGGACGUUGAUGGUGAUCUGAUCCGGUUGCUCUCCGAUCAGGAUGUUGAACUCAUGGUGUCUCAGAGCAGGAGGAGGCCCUCUGAGAAGUAUUUCUUCCCUUGGAAGUUGCACAUCACUCACAAAGAUGACUUGGGUGUCUAUAACACUAGUCCAGGAAUAGGUGCUACUCAAACAGUCAGAGCAACAUAA